AUGACCUCACUGUUUCUCCAGUAAUCUCAAGGCAACACAACUAUAUACUGAAUCUCCGGAACAACCUGAAAGUCUCAGAAGCCCAAGAAGGAUCUGAACAAUCGACACAGGUGACAACCCUGUGAUUUACCGGAGGCACGACCUUGGAGUGGCGCCCCAUUGUGAGCACAAAUUUGCUGGUCGUCCGAUCUCAAAGUUAUGCGGCUCUUGUGCCUGCUUGCAUUGAUCCCGCUCGUCGUGGCAGACUGCACGUGCGAGAGCGAUAGCGAGGAGAUCAACAAGAGCGAGGCCCUCAAGUACAAGCUAGCGGCCAUCGUGUCCAUCCUUGUGGCUGGGGCAAUUGGGGUGUGCCUCCCGAUCCUGGGGAAGACGAUCCCGGCUUUGCACCCAGAGAAAAGUGUCUUUUUCAUCAUCAAGGCCUUUGCGGCUGGGGUGAUACUGUCAACCGGGUUCAUACACGUCCUCCCGGAUGCCUUUGAGAAUUUGACCUCGCCAUGCCUAAGCGAGACCCCGUGGGGGGAUUUCCCGUUCGCGGGGUUCGUGGCCAUGCUGGCCGCCCUUGGGACAUUGAUGGUGGACACUAUGGCCACUUCUUAUUAUAGGAAGUUGCACGCCGGCAAGGCUGGAUCUGACAAAUGCGUCGGAGAUGAAGAGAAGGCUGGAGAAAACCAAGGUCAUGUACAUGUGCACACGCAUGCAACUCAUGGCCAUUCUCACGGUCCGAUAUCCAUGGACUCAGACUCGGAGCUCCUGCGGCAUAGAGUGAUAUCUCAGGUGCUAGAAUUGGGGAUUGUGGUGCACUCAGUGAUCAUAGGGAUUUCACUGGGCGCUUCAGAGAGUCCAACGACGAUAAGGCCUCUUGUUGCUGCCUUGUCCUUUCACCAAUUCUUUGAAGGCAUGGGUCUUGGUGGAUGCAUCUCUCAGGCCAAGUUCAAGACUCGGGCAAUUGUAAUCAUGGCCCUGUUUUUCUCCCUCACAACCCCAGUUGGGAUUGGCAUAGGGUUGGGAGUCACCAACGUUUAUGACGAGAACAGCCCGAACUCACUCAUCGUGGAGGGCAUCUUCAAUGCUGCAUCUGCGGGGAUUCUGAUUUACAUGGCCCUGGUCGAUCUUCUUGCUGCAGAUUUCAUGAGCCCUAAGUUGCAGAACAGCGGGAGGCUCCAGUUCGGGACCAACGUAGCUCUUCUUCUCGGUGCUGGCUGCAUGUCUCUUUUGGCCAAAUGGGCUUGAAGCAAUGGAAGCAAACAAGAAAUGGAACAAAAAGAGAUCAACCGUGCAUUUUUAGUUACUUGAAAGGCUUUGGCUUUUCCUUAGUCCCUCCUAGGCAUUAGUCAAUGAGCAUCUAUGAUUGUUCGACCAUUUCAUGAUGUUGGAGCUCGAGUUAGACGACGAUUCGUAUAUGUUCGGGGAAUAAACGUCGGAAUUUCUUC